GUUUCACUUGUGUGAGGGUGCUUCACCUGUGUGUGGGACACGAUUGACCCAGUCCUCUGAGGCGAACAAUUCGCCGUGAAGACUUACAUUAAUUCUCAUGGCACUCCCCAACCAAACUGACACACCAUGGUACAACUGAAAUACUGUUUUAUAAUUUUGUAAAACACCCCUCACAGAUUCACUGUCUGCAAGCUGUGCAGGUCAACUGUGAAAAUAAACCAUACUCACAUUUCAUCAGAAACAAAUGCGCCAAAAUUGUGUUUUAAACUUAAACUAUAUUUUUGCAGGCUCUUUCUGUCCAAUGCACAUCCUCAGAGAGGGCAGCAGUGUCAAAUACAUCAUCUGUCCUAAACUACAACUGGACGCUGAUCGAGCCAACACAGACUGCUGCCACGUAACUACAGACGGUGAGCUGGUCAACUCGCGGCCCGCCACACGACACAGAUACAGCGGCAGGUUUCAGAUAUACUGCGGCACCUGUAGUUCCACCCCCAUCCCCCUUCCUCCACCCCCCUCUAAUGUCACCCCUGCCCCACACACACCACGAUACUGGGAGACCCACUCCAGGGUGGGUGUGGUGGAUGGAUGUUUGUUGUGGCCUGUCCUGGAGAUGGGUGUGGGGGAGGAGAGCCAGGUGGACAGUGGGUUGUAUGUUGGUGAACAGCGCCGCUCCUGGUGUGUCUAUGUAGGGAGCUGUGGCAUACACCGGGGGAGUCUCUGUACCUGGGUGUGUCAGCCGGGGGAGCGGGGGAAGUGUUACAGAAACACAAUGUCUGCCACACCCGGCACACAGGCCACCCUCCACUAUGGCGUUGUGCUGGAUGUGGGGAGGGGGAGACUCGCCUUCAUGGACCUUGACAGGGAGAUUGUUUUGGCAAAGUUGGAUGUUGAGUGGAGGGAGUCUCUUCUCCCCAUGUUUAGUGUUGGGCUGCCAGGUGACUGCACAGUCAACAUGAAGGUGGUCAGCGGGGUGGACAUCACCAUGACUGACUCCAAGAAGUCACUUAUUUAUAACGCCCUCACAUAGGAAAUAAAAUAAACAUGACAUUGUGUAAACUUG